CGACCCGUCGCCAUUUGCGAGAGCUCGUCGUGAAGGAUCUGUUUUUUUGGUCAAAAUCUUGACAUUGACUCGUUUUCCAGCCUUCGGGAAACACCCGGCGCCUGGCUAGAGGCACAUUGAUUCACUUGGCGAGAAAGAGGAAUCCUUUCAGGGGGUCUUGGCCCCGCGUGGCGAGCUUUCGUCCUCUCUCCCGACCGCCUCCAUUUACUUGAGACGCCGCGAUCGUGUCUCUCAUUUCUCCUCUAGUGUUCUGCCGUCAAGAUGUCGCCGUGAUGGGGUCUCCGCGUCGGACAGAAAUGAACCUGGGCCCUCGUCGCCUGACCCGCACUCACCGCAGCCCGCUCCCCCCCUCCGCUUCUCCGCUUGAUGCCAGAGAGCUCGGCGGCUCUCCGCCCGGAGCUCGUCCCCAGCGCCGCCCGACGCGCGCAGCAGACCAACAUGGAGAAGAACCCCAGCAGCAGCAGCAGCGCCAGCGCCAAGGUCCCGCCCCGCUCCAGCUCCGCAGGCCCAGCACCGGGCGAGUCUAAACCCAAAACAGAAGGAAAAAAUAAUGGAGGCUCCAAGCGCUACAGCCGCAAGCGUGAGCCCUCCUUUCCGAAAACCGACAGUGUCCAAGGCCCUCGCCGCACCAAUUCACAGAAAAGCAAAAAUUUUGAGAAGAGACCCCCCCAGAGAGGUGGAGGACGACAGUAUGGAGCUGCAGGUGGAGGACGACGUGAGGAGGUAGCAGAGACACGCCGGGCCGAGUUUAGCCCGGCUCAAUUUGCUGGACCGAAGAAAAUAAGCCUGAACCACCUGCUGAACUUCACCUUUGAACCGCGUGGAGGUAGUGGUGGCGUUGGAGACGUUGGCCACUCCUAUUGGGGCCGCCGAAACAAGUGGGGCCACAAGCACAAGCCCUUCAACAAGGAGCUGUUCCUGCAGGCCAAUUGCCAGUUCGUUGUGACUGAUGACCAGGACUACAAGGCUCACUUCACUGAUCCAGACACUCUGGUCAACUGGGACUGUGUGCAGCAAGUGCGCAUUUACAGUCACGAGGUGCCGUCUUGCCCCAUCUGCCUCUACCCUCCUCUGGCAGCCCGCAUCACCCGGUGUGGACACAUCUUCUGCUGGCCGUGCAUGCUGCACUACCUUUCUCUUGGUGACAAGAGCUGGUCCAAGUGCCCCAUCUGCUAUGAGGCCGUGCACAUGGCUGACCUGAAGAGUGUGGUUGCUAUGGAGACCAGGCAGUAUGCAGUUGGUGAUGAAAUCACCAUGCGCCUGAUGAGGAGGGAAAAGGGGACUCUGGUGGCCAUGCCCAGCUCUCAGUGGGUGAAGGUGGAGGAGCCUGUUUGCUUUGGAGAUGCGUGUCUCAGCCCGUACUCCAAGCUGCUGCUGACUUCCCCGGUGCAGGUCCUGAGCCUGGUGGCCGAGGAGAAGGCUGUACUGCAAGUUCAGCUCAGCCAGGAAGACGAUGCCCAAGGCUGUUUCAUCCAGAGCGCUCUUUGUCUUCUGCAGGAGCGAGAGGAAAUACUGCUGAAGCAGCAGAAGGCAGCUGCAGCAGACUGCUUUGACUUAUCCUCUCUGACUCUGGACGAUCCUUCUUUUGAGGAGGAAGUGGUGACAACUGUCACUAGUGCCAAGCCUGUGCUGCAGUACGCCUCAGCAUUUGAUGACGAGGUGGAGGAGCUCCCAGAGGAGCUCCCAGAGGAGCAGCCAGGGCUCCCUGAAGGCGUUCUGGAGAGCGUGCUGGAGGAGCCUCCUGAGGAAAUGAUGGAGGCUGACCCAGAGCCCCAGAUUGACGUUGAGGGCCUGGCCGACCAGGCACAGCCGGGGCGUCCCUCGGCCAGUGUGGUGCACGGGCCCUACUACUAUUUCUACCAAGCUGACGACUGCCAGCAGAUGUUCCUGCAUCCCGUGAAUGUACGCUGUCUGUUGCGUGAAUACGGCAGCUUGGAGGCCAGCCCCGACUCCAUCACUGCCACAGUAGUGGAGAUCGUGGGACACACGGUCACUGAGGAGAUUCGCCGUCGCCAUCGCUAUCUGGCUCAUCUGCCGCUCACAUGCGAGUUCAGCAUUUGCGAGUUGGCCCUGCAACCACCGGUCAUCUCCAAAGAAACCCUGGACACAUUCGCAGACGACUUGGAGAAAAGAAAGCGCCUGAGGCAGAAGAAGGCGAGGGACGAGAAGCGCAGAGAGAAGCGAAUUGAAAUGGAGGAAAACACAAAGCAGGGCAAAUAUCCUGAGGUCCAUAUUGGACUCGAGAACCUUCAGCAUUUCCCAGCAUUUGGCUCUCCGCCUCACAACAGCAGCCACCUGAUGCAACCUGACUUCACCUUUGCCCCUCCUCCAGCUCUCAGCAGCAGCCCCUCCUCAGAUGGGAUGAGAUUCCCGAGUCUGAAUGGACAAAGCCCUUCACCCACCGUGGGCAGUGUGGAGGAAGACUCCCACUGCAUGUCCUUUGCACAGAUGCUAAGAGAUGGGAAAGCCAGAGUUGAUGCAGGGCCCAGGAUCACUCCAAAGAAAGAUAUGCUCCUAGCUCCACCAGCCGCGGACAGCGAUGGAGAGAGUGACGGGUCAGACCGUGUCCCGGUGCCCAGCUUCCAGAACUCCUUCAGCCAGGCCUUUGAGAAGGCACUUAUGCAGCUGGACAGCGGUCCAGCUCCUCCUCCACAACCUGUGGUCGACCCAGAUGAGAAAGGAGGAAAGAAGAAGAAGAAAAAGAAGAAACUCUUGUUCAGCACAUCCAUGGUUCACACAAAGUAGACAACACUGAAUUUCAUUGAAGCAUUCUGUAUCGUCUCUUGGGCCGAUCUUCCCCACCGCUUGUGUUUUUACCUCCAUGCAGAUCUUUCUUGGAACUAUAAGCUAUGACAAUAGGUUCUAGUAUGUAGCCAAAGUUCAUGCUGCUUUAGUCAUUGUUCCAUUGGCUUGUUCAACAGUUUGGGUGUGACGCCUUUAGUUUAAUUUUUCAAUAUUUUUUGUUUGAUAACUAGGUCAAAGCUUUGCAGCAACAACUUGCCCCAAUGGAAGCCAUAUAGGGAACAGUUAGCUCAAUUGAUAAUUAAAUCGAUCCUAUAACAAGAUUAUCAUGUUAUCAGGUUUUUCAUGGCUCCAGACUUUCCUGAAAUUGACUCUGAGCAUUGCAUCUGGGACCCAUGAGUAAUAUAGAUGAGAUAAUUCUAUAGGGUGCUUUAUAUCACAGUAGCAGUCAGCCAGCUGCAGGUACCCUGCACCUUUGAAAUGUUUCCAGGAUACUCGGUGCUCAGACCUGAUCAGUCUGGAUCUCCACCUUACCACAGAUGAACACUUAAGAUGUGUUUUAUCACGUUAAUAAUUUGGGCCUGCACGCCAUCUGCCUCCAAGCGGAUAGAUUGUCUGGAUUGCUGCUUUGAGAUCUAUACCCUAGUAUUUCGUAACUGCAACAGGAAUACUUACUGAUCUAAUGCCACUCUGAGGGAGUGACAACACAGUAUUAUUAAAGAGAUUAGUUCUGUUGUUUGAACAGAACUCCAGUAUAUUCUGCCCUGUUAAACCAUAAAUACAAACUUUCUCCUCACUCAUCUUCUGUUGUAGAAUGUUCACUAACUUUUAACAUGGCUCCCCCAGUUUAGUUUCAGUGUCGAAAACGUGUGAAGUUGGUGAAACUGCUGACAUUUAAAGAAUGCUUGUGAAACCUGGAGAAAGGAGAAUUACAUUUUUUGCUUUGAUUUGAGGGUUUCCGUUAUCCACCUUUGAGUUUGAUCCAGUUCAUGGGCUAGUGAAUGUAACUAGUCUGUUGAAAUGAAUAAACAUUUAUGCACAAUCAA